CGAGAGAUCAGAGACAACCGCAGAGUUGUGGGAACUUUACUAUAAGGUUUUUGAUUUCCUAAGGGAACACACAAAAUGACAACCAAUCAGGAGCCGCAGUACGUUCACCAUCUAGAGCCACCGUGUGCUCCUUCAGCACCUCCUCUGGUCCAAUACUCAGACCCCAAGAACAAAGGUGUUAGACACUGGUGUGGCCGCUACUUUAUGGCUAUAAUCUAUAGCCUGCUUCUCCUGCUACUGGUGGCCGGUGUCCUCUUUGGUUACUACUGGUCGUCUCCCUGCGUAAGGGGCGUGGCGUGUGGCGACGUCGGCUGUGUCUGGAAGUCCCAGUGGUGUGACGGCGUCAGAGACUGUCGGGGGGGCCAGGACGAAUCCUCCUGCUUGAGGCUGUACGGACCCAGCUCCCUCCUGCAGGCCUACUCCUCACAGACCGGCUCCUGGAGGAGCGUGUGCUCCCAGGGCUGGACGGACCACCAGGGGCGGGCCAGCUGUCAGCUGAUGGGAUACGACCGGAGCACCUAUGUGGCGUCAGGGCAGAAGCAGGGGGGGUCUGCCCGGGGGUUCUUCACCGCCAGACCUGGGUGGAGCCCCGAAGUGGCCUUUCUCCAGCAGCUUGUCCUCAGUGAUACAUGUCCCGGCAACAGACUGGUGACCUUGCGUUGCAUCGACUGUGGCAGGGGGACGGGGGGCUCUGGCCGUCUGGACCAGCAGCCGCAGGGGGUCCGGGGGGACUGGCCCUGGGUGGUCAGUCUGCGGUUGCGGGGCGUGCACCGCUGUGGGGGAGCCAUCAUCACCCCCCACUGGGUGGUCACGGCAGCACACUGUGUGGUGAGUGACCUCCACCCUGAGGACUGGACUGUGUAUGCUGGGGUACAGAAGUCCAGGGACAACCUGUUCAGCCCCCCCCACUCUGUGAGCAGCAUCGUGGCUCACGAGGGCUUCAGCAGACGGACCAUGCAGAACGACAUAGCCCUGGUCCAGCUGUCCGGGCCCCUGAACAUCACGGUCUCUAGUGAUAUCGGAGCUGUGUGUCUCCCCAACACGGGAGUGUACAUCGUCCCAUCUCAGAACUGCUCUGUGUUGGGGUUCGGUGGAGCGCCAAAUGAAGACACUCUGCGCCUGAUGGAGGCUGCUGUAGAGCUGGUGGACGGCGAGACCUGUAACAGCUCCCACGUCUACGAAGGCAGGAUCACCCAGGAUAUGAUAUGUGCUCAACGUAUGAAGGGGGAACACGGCAUAUCCCAGGGUGACAGUGGAGGCCCUCUGGUGUGUGCGGAGGACGGUGUGUGGAGUUUGGUGGGGGACGCAAGCUGGGGAGGGCAGGACGACCUGUCCAACAAACCCGGUGUCUUCGGCAACGUCAGCCAUUUCCUGGGCUGGAUCCACCGACAGAUGAAGAAGUCUGACGACGAAUCCAUUCUGGCGUCUUGAUUGGGUAGCGUAAUAGUUUUUAGCAAUAUUUUUGGGCUGAUAUUCAAGCCCAUGAACCUUUGUACAGAUGUAUUUUUUUACUUGUAUUUAAAUGCCAUUUUGUUGUAUUAAGUAUUUGAAAAGCAAAAUGCAUUGUAGUUUGUAUGAGUAGUAUAUUGUAAGGCCCUGGUUAGUCAAAAGCUCAAGGUAAAAUGUUAUUGUAUUCGUAGAUUAAAAGUUGUUAUUAUGAAGCAUCCUUAUUUUUCCUGUCAGCAUAAAGUGAGUGCAGAUUGUACCCAGAUAAUAAUGAGGUACCAUGAGCUAACACAGGGUGUCACUCCCAAACAUAAAGCCACUGAGAAAUGAAUGCCCUCCAUUGUUUGCACACAAAUACAAUAUCUGGAUUUGAGCGAUCUUCCUGAUUCAGUUUACUCAUAUUUAUUUAAUUGAAGUGUUCAUUUUGGCACAGGAAAGAAACUCACUCUACACUUAAAUUGGACCUGCUCAAAUGGUUGUGAAGUUUUAAAACAUACUUUUGGCACACAAUAGGAUUUCAUAGUGUUCCACAAACUCAUUCUCGGGUCACAUGAUCAAAUGCACAAAGCCGGUUAAGCUGCCCAUGUGAUGUAUUGCACCAUCUUAGCUGUGGUAUUACAGUUAAGACCUGUUUUUUAAGGGAGGUAAUGUAAACUUAGUGUGCGGAAUUCAUUGUUUAUAAAAGCAAAACUGGUCUGAAACAUGGUGGCGAAAAGACAUAGCUAUACCUGGUCACUGUCCUUAACAGUGAGCCGGUGGCUUUGAACAUUUCAGUGCAACAGGCCUGGCUGCCCAAACCGGACGCUUUUUGUUUAUCGGCUUUCAACACAUUCUUUGGCAUGUAAUUGUGAUUUGCAUAAUUACUAUGGUACAAAUAUGCCGUGGGGAAUUUAAGGACCAUAGUCACCUCCAAAAACCAAUCAAAAUAGUUCAUUAUGAAAUUCUACACAGUGUUAGUACAAUUAAAGUGAAAAUGUAAAUUAAAAAAAAGAAGAAUUCCUCUGAAUUACAGAGACUCCACACCCAUGUUAUCAGCAUUAAAUGCAAAGUGCAAUUAAGUUAAGUCUCAAGUCAUUGAUCAAUUCCUCCACACAAGAGGAGCACUUGGACUUAAAUGUAUUACAAGCAGUGUGUAGACAUCAUCGAUUUUUCAUCCCAAUGCCUGUAACAAGCAUCUCACCGGAAGAUGUUUACAAUAGAAAACGUAUAUAAAUACAAGGCACUAAAUAGACUCCUUCAUGUCAAAAAUUAUUCUUAGCCCUUACACAUAUACAAUAUUAUUCUUCAUGGUACAAUCUCCCUGGAAGGAGACUCAGAGAAUUCAUUGGAAAACUCGCCUUACAAAUGAACGGCCACUCGACUUGAUUAGCAGUGAUUUCACAAGUCGUCCAAAGUGACGCGUUUGGCUUGACCCUGAAAGGGUCCCGAAAAAGAGAACUAGAAACCAGGUCUGCCAACAGCGUACCAGCUACAGUCUGGCCGA